UCUCCUUUCUCUGCAACAGGCCACAUUUUAAGUUUGAAAAUGUCAGAGUUGGCCGAAGGAGCCAUGACUAUGGAAGAAGAGCAGGAAAUGGAUGACAAAGUUGUCAGUACAGAGAAAGCAGAAGAAGCCAAGAUAAAGGUCAUGCAUCCCAAUCUUGGAGCUAGACCGGGAGGUUCAGAUUUUCUGAGAAAACGACUUCAGAAAGGGCUAAAGUAUUUUGAUUCUGGCGAUUACAACAUGGCCAAGGCCAAAAUGAAGAAUAAACACUUGCCAUCAGCCCCAACAGAGAAGGCUCAGAUCACAGGUGGUCACAUCCCGACACCUCAGGACCUGCCUCAGAGAAAGACCUCUAUUGCGACAAGCAAGCUGGCUGAGAGAUGAGUCUUUUUGUAGCUUUAUUAUAGCUUGGUAUAGCUCGUUUGGUAGAGCGGCCGUGCCGGCAACUUGAUGGUUCCAGGUUCGUUUCCCGCUUUGGCCAUCCUAGUCACUGCCGUUGUGUCCUUGGGCGGGACGCUUUGCCCACCUGCUCCCAGUGCCAUCCACA